AUGUCUCUGGGUUCCAACUGGGCCUGGGCAGUGGCCAUCAUCUCGUUCCUGGUGCCUUUGGCUCUUCUCGUUGUCUCGCCACACCUUUUCCCAUCAACCUUGACGGUGAUCAAUGGUGGAAGAGCCUGGGAUAUCUUUCGCACCAAGGCGAAGAAGCGAUUUCGCUCAGACGCGGCACGACUUCUACAGAACGGCUUUGAGAAGUCUCCUGAUGCCUUUCGCAUUCUCACUGACAACGGGUCCUUGCUGGUCUUGUCACCUCGAUACGCUCGAGAGGUUCGCAGCGAUGACAGACUCAGCCUGGACCAUUUCAUUGCCUCAGAGUUUCACCCCGACAUUCCAGGUUUCGAGCCGUUCAAAUUGAUCUUGGAUCCAAGAAACCCGUUGAACACGAUUCUCAAGACCAACCUGACACAAGCACUGGCAUAUAUGACAGAGGACUUGUCUGUAGAGGUUACGGACGCACUAUCCGCAACCUGGACCGAUGACCCCGAAUGGCACGAGGUCAGCGUAAGUCAAACAGCUCUCAAACUCGUCGCGCAGAUGGCGUCCAAAGCGUUUAUAGGACAAGGAAAUUGCCGGGAUCCCAAGUGGCACAGCAUUAUCAUCACCUACACGCACAACGUCUACCGAGCAGCACAGGCACUCCACUUUUGGCCCAGUUUCCUACGACCCAUAGUGGCACGGUUCUUGCCCGCAUGUAAAGCGCUGCAGCUUCAGAUUGUCGAAGCACGAGAGAUACUGGAGCCCUUGGUGGCUCAGAGACGAGCGGAGAGGGCCAGCCGGGUUGCUCAGGGAAAGCCUCCGCCGUCUCGUGAGGAUAUCAUCGACUGGCUGGAGGAUUAUUAUGGCGACCAACCGUAUGAUGCCGUGGCCGCACAGCUGCUGCUCUCGUUCGCCGCUAUCCAUGGAACCUCCAACCUCUUGGCGCAAGUGCUCAUGGAUCUCUGCAGUCAUCCGGAGCUAAUACAAGAUAUCCGGGCAGAAGCUGUAUCCGUGCUGGGUAAACAGGGAUGGACCAGGGCUGCCUUGUACCAGCUCAAGCUAAUGGACAGCGCACUGAAGGAAAGCCAACGCCUGGCACCGAACAGAUUGCGUGAGCAUGCUUUGACAGUAUCCAUGGGACGCAUUGCGCAGAGCGAUAUGUACCUGUCUGAUGGUCUCCGUAUUCCCCGAGGCACGAGUCUCAUGGUGUCUGCCCACACCAUGUGGGAUCCUGAGAUUUACCCGGAUCCCCGGCGAUACGACGGCUACCGAUUCUGUAAGCUACGGCAGAUAUCGGGGCAAGAGGGCCAGCACCAACUGGUAUCGUCGACGCAGAAUCACAUGGGGUUCGGAUACGGGAAGCAUGCUUGUCCGGGGCGGUUUUUCGCCGCAGCCGAGAUCAAAGCAGCCCUGUGCAAUAUCCUUCUCAAGUAUGAUCUUGAACACAGGGGGGAGCAGUCACCGAGUGUCUGGAGCCAGGGCAUUCAUCUGUUUCCAGAUCCGACGGCUAGGAUCCACGUCCGUCGACGGAAAGAAGAGAUUAUUUUGUGA